AUGGCGACUCUAUCCCCUGGAUUUCUUCGCGUGAGCUUUGUGUUGAGCUCAUUUUUAUUCGUAUAUGUGACCAUCUCACACCUCCCUCACAGCUCAAACGCUUCGAGCAACAACGAUUUAGUACUCGGCUUUUCAUAUGACAAGCAAGUCGACUGGUCACGGUUUGCAUACACACAAUAUGCCACCGAUAGAUCCUAUCUCUGCAACUCGUUGAUGAUCUUUGAAGCUCUGCAUCGCCUUAGGAGCAAACCCGAUCGAGUACUUCUGUACGCAUCCGAAUUAUCCUCACCCGAGGACUAUGACUCGAAAGAAAACCGGAUGCUUCGCUUUGCGCGAGAUAACUACGGGGUGAAGCUCAAGCCCAUUCAAGUGCAGUUGCGAGGCGGCGAUGGUUCCCCCUGGGCUAAAAGCUACACCAAAUUACUCGCUUUCAACCAAACCGAAUAUGAUCGCGUUUUGCAUCUAGACUCUGACGCCACUCUUUUCCAGCCCAUGGAUGAAUUAUUCUUGAUCCCGUCGAGCCCCGUCGCCAUGCCGCGGGCGUACUGGAAAGACUCAACAGAAAAGCCGUUCACGUCCGCUUUGAUUCUAGUUGAGCCUUCGGCGGCUCAGUUUGCGCACAUCGUCGAAGCAAUUUCUGAUGCCAAUCCAAGCACGACCUUUGACAUGGAGAUAAUGAACCAGAUCUACGGGAAUACUGCACAAACUAUUCCACACCGUCCAUACACUCUCUUGAGUGGGGAAUUGCGUUCGAACGCCCAUGCUGCUUACCUCGGAGGCGAGGAUGAGGCAUGGGAUGCUGAAAGGAUUCUUCGAGAAGCAAAAUAUGUGCACUUUUCCGACUGGCCCGUUCCCAAGCCCUGGUUCGAGGCUGGCAAGUCUGUCUUGGAAAAAGCGCAGCCAGCCUGUGCGUUCGACCCAUCAACGGGAUUGCACGAUGACUGCCGUACUCGAGAUCUUUGGCUGGGGUUAUAUGAGGACUUCAGGCUGAGACGAACGAAUAUCUGCAGUACUGCCAUUUUGGACCCUCGGUACGGAUCCUUGUCCUGA